AUGCUCCUGUUUAAAGUAUUUGCAGGCCUUGCCAGCCUAGUAUCGUUGGCAGUAGCUGAUGAUGCCCCUCAACCUCUACCCAUGGACCUGGGCAGUGUUCUGUCAAGGCACCCCAAGCUUUCAACAUACUACAAGCUGAUCCAGAAAUUCCCCGAUGUCCUGUUGCAACUGCCCAGUUAUGAGGGUGUCACGAUUGUUGCCCCUUCCAAUGAUGCUUUCAAUCAAAUCCCUUACUCUCCUCUCUCCAAUAUUUGGGACCCGAACGAUGCCAAGGUCACUGUCCCGCUUCUUCAGUACCACAUCUUGCAGGGCACCAUAAGCACAAUGAAGCUGAAGGAGGGACCUGCAUACGUUAAGCCUACCCUUCUUCUCAAUCCUAAAUGGAGUAAUGUCACUGCUGGUCAGAACAUCCUCAUCAACAAACAACCUGACGAUGUCAUCUUCAGUACCCGGCUGGGCAAUCGAGCUACAGUGAUCAAUUACGAUAUCAAGUUUCAAGGCGGACUCAUCCAGAUUGUGGACAGUCUGUUGAUUCCGCCUUCUGGUAUUCGUCAAGUCCUGAUGGCAAGCAAGGUCGACUCGUUCCUCGGUGGACUCUUUAGAGCUGGCCUCAUGCCUGAUCUUGCUGGUCGCCAGGACAUCACUGUCUUUGCUCCAAGAGACCAAGCUAUGGAGAUGGUUGGCAGCGCACUCAGCGGCAUGUCGACCAAGGAGCUGGCGGGCGUCAUGGGGUAUCACAUUGUACCCGGCAAGGUUCUGGUCUCGACCGACCUUGACAACGCCACGUCUCUCACCACAUUGACUGGUGAAGAGGUCCACGUGCGCCAAAUCGGCAAUGAGAAGUUCGUAAAUUCAGCCAAGAUCAUCACAACCGACCUUCUCAUUUCCAAUGGUAUCCUUCACAUCAUCUCCAAUGUCAAUAACCCAAAGGAGGCCGAUGCUGCUCCUAAUCCUAGUCUCUGGCUUCAAAAUCCUGUGUUCAAGUCUGCUGGAGUUGACGAUGUCUUUGACUCGGAUAUUCCUUGUACCGCGAGCUGUCCGGUGACAGACACACCAACACCUACACCGGCAGACCAAGCUGAGAACAAUGCUGUGGCAACACCGUGGUUCACCACAAGGUCGAGCAGGGGAGUGGCCGCUCCUCGGGCCACAGCACAUGUUGCCCGCGCUGCACUGGGUAUCAUGGGUAUGGGUGCGGGAAUGGCGCUCUUUUUUUGGUUCAUGAAACAGCGAAUUGUCAUAGCGCACGGAAUAUGCCGCUUAAAGUUACAGGAGGCAAUAAUAAGAUACACCGAAUAG